CCCUAAAAACCGAGCCUAUAGAUGCUGUCACUCUCGCCCUUUCUCGAGGAGGAAGAAGAGAAUAUCGUCCUUUUUUCUUUCCGUGAGGGCUAGAGCUACGCGACGUAGAGAGACCCGAGGGAGAGAGAGCGCCGCGCGAUGGCGAUGAGGAAGAUCCAAGGCGGGGAAUCGGCGUAGACGAGGCGCUGCGCUCUGUAAUCGUCGCUGGCAGUGUGGGCAAUCUUAGGGUUCUUCGUCGGGCGGAGGCGAGGAGAGGCCUUCUUCUCGUCUCUAGGGUCUGAAUCUCGACGCCGGAGCUGAAAUGCGGCCGUGGAGCUGAAAUGCAGCUAUGGAGCACGAAUGCUGGCAUUGUUCUUGGAUUGGGAGAGCGCGCGGGGUAAGUUCCAGAGGCCAAUGGCUGGGGUUUUGGAGCUCUGUGAGAUUCUGGGAUUAGGGAGGAGGAGGAUGGGAGUAGAAUCUAGUGCCAAUGAUCCUCACGCUGGCCCGGGCUGCUCGUCAUCGGCACUAGGCAAUGCUAAAUCAUCAAGAGGAUGAUCCAGGGACACUCACAGGGACAGAUUUUCGAGGUUUUUGGCUCUCUCACACUCUCUCUUUCCAUCGGGGCGGGGAUUUCUUCCAGCGAAGAAUUGGGAGAGGACCACUUAAGAACAGGGAAUUCCCACGAGCUUGGGAGAAGCUCGCGCGUUUAGACUGGACGAGUUCCACGAGUUUGAAGACGCUUCCAUGACCUUGGAGUUUCUCGCUGGGCAUUGGAGAAGAUGCCAUCUUGGUGGGGAAAGUCGUCCUCCAAGGAUGGAGGAGGGAAAAAGGAGAACAUCCUCAGCUCGUUGCUAUAUCCUCCAAAGAGGAGGAAGAACAAGCAGCAGCAAGCCAAGGAAGAAGAGAUAUGCGUCAAGUCUGUUGGGGCAGCCGAGGCUGCGCCAUUAGCUCGGACCUCUCCCUCGGCUGCGGUUGGCCGCUCGGCGAGUUUCGGCGGUCUGCCGUCUCAAGCGCAGCCUCUUCCAUUGCCUCCCGGGGAAAAGCACUCGCGAAAGUCGGGCAAUGCGGUAAUACAGCGGUAUCCUUCGUUUCCUCUGCCGCCUCGCAAGGAUGGUAUUGAUAUGGAGGUUGGCUACACCGAGUCUGGAUCUGCCUCGAGCACGAGCUCUUUGGGAAGCUCGGACGUGGUCGACACGGCGCAUGGAACCGUGGCUGCUCGCGUGGGGAAUCUCAGAGUGCUCACAAAACCGGAUCAGUCGUUGACUUUCUCCCAAGCACAAACCAGACACGGGGUUUCCUGUCCCACCAGUCCGCACUUACGGAAUAAUUUCCUCGUGAAUGUUCCUGGCGAGGCCUUGACGUAUGGAAGGAACCAUGGUAUCUUGAAUGGGACACGAGACAGCUACCUGGUGAGCCCCGUGAGAAGCACGAUACUUACAACUGCGGAGAUGCUCUCCGCGACGCCGAGAUCGCUGCAGUCGACUCCUGAUCCUGCCUCUGGUCAUGGUUCCAGUCCGGGGUCGGGGCACAACUCAACUGUUGAUACUGGACAGACAUCGUGGUGCCAAAGCCGUGCUAGUCCGGAGUUGUCUCCAAACCCGAGCCCGAGGAGGAGUCCAGGCCCAAGUUCGAGAGUUCAGAGCCAAGCAGUGUCUCCUCUACAUAAGAGAGCUGGCGGGUCCGAUCAGGAAAGAUAUCAUCUCGAGGUUUCUGCGCACCGUCUACCGCUGCCUCCUGCUGUUCCUUCUCCGCUGGUGGCUUCGAAUUUCCCACCGUCGCCAAAUGCGUCCGCAGUUCCUCCUCGCAGUCCAAACAGAUCAGAUUCUCCUACUACCUCGACGACGAAGUGGCAAAAAGGGAAGCUCAUCGGCAGGGGAAGCUUUGGAAAUGUUUACGUUGGCUUUGACAGUGAGAAUGUCGGCCGCAUGUGUGCCAUGAAGGAAGUUCCGCUUUUAUCAGACGAUUCCAAGUCAAAAGAAAGUGUAAAGCAGCUAAGUCAGGAAAUUGCAACUCUUAGCCGGUUGCGACAUACCAACAUUGUACAGUAUUACGGAUCGGAAACGAUGGAGGAUGGCUUAUAUAUUUACCUCGAGUAUGUGUCCGGGGGAUCGAUUCACAAGCUUCUUCAGGAGUAUGGUGCAUUCAAGGAGCCUGUGAUUCGCAGCUACACGCGCCAGAUUCUCUCGGGGCUGGCUUACCUUCAUAGCACAAGCACAGUACACAGGGACAUCAAAGGAGCCAACAUUCUAGUCGACACUAAUGGAAUUGUGAAACUUGCUGAUUUUGGCAUGGCGAAACACCUGAGCGUCGAGUCUUUCCCACUUUCUUUUAAGGGAAGUCCGUAUUGGAUGGCGCCUGAGGUGAUCAAACAAACACAUGGAUACGAUCUCUCUGUCGACGUUUGGAGCCUUGGCUGCACGGUUCUGGAGAUGGCGACAGCAAAGCCUCCAUGGAGCCAAUAUGAAGGGAUAGCAGCCAUGUUUAAAAUCGGGAACAGCAAAGAAAUCCCAUCCAUACCGGAGUACCUGACUAGAGAAUGUAAAAACUUUUUGCGGCUCUGCUUGCAGAGGAAUCCGGCAGAGAGGCCCACCGCUACAUUUCUGUUGGGGCAUCCUUUCGUGUGCAAUGCGCCUCCAGUAUGUACUCCAGACGAUCGAUGCGAUAUAGCUGCAAAGGCGAGCACAUUUGUCGGCUCUCUGGCCAUCGGGAGUCGCAUCCACGAAUACGAUUCAGUGCUGCAUCCGAAAACAAUCCUACACUCACCAACCAGCGAGCAACUCUCUCCCCGUGCUCAAGGAUUUGCAUCGUCGUCAGUGUCUCCUUGCGCCAGCCCGAAAAUCAGAGCCCUGUCACCUCACCACCUCCACCUCGGAAUAUCAUCGUCACAGUCGUCGUCACCGGUUAUCAGCUCGGGCUCUUCCACGCCUAUCACUGGGGGCUAUGGCAACGUACCACGCUCAGCAAACGGCAGCUUUGGGGUGCCCACGCUACACAACGAGCACCACAACUUCCAGAAGCUAGGCCUCACAGGUGGAAGCCCGGUUCGAAAGAACGGGAUGUGGAGCAUUCCUCCGUCGCCUCCGUUUGAAGGGAGCCCGAGACAGGGAAGUCCGAGGCAGGGAAGCCCGAGACAAAGCACGGACAUCCUGGGCAUGGCACUGGGAAGAGUCCCCCGCGAGGACGAUGACUACCAUGAGCACUUCUCCCAGCAGCUACUCCGAUCACAGCAGAUGUUCCCACGCACUUACUUUCAUCACGGCCAUCCUGAGAAACGCGAGCCGAGUCACUGACUGACGCGCUUGGAACUCGUCGCCAUCUUUAACCAGCUCAACGGAACACAAGUGAUCGUUUAACAGACGUUUGUUUAUCUCGCUUGGAUCGUCCACAGGGUUUUCACGAUUCAGUCCCAAUCUCGUAGGAUAAAGUGCCAAAGUGGCUGCGACUAUACACGAUUCAUCCCCAUCAGAUAAGAAGCAAAAUCUGAUCGACUUUUUAUUUGUACUAACACCUUGAUUCAACAAAAGAGAGCUUUUAUCAGUGGUGAAAA